GCGGCAAGGUUGGAGCGAAGAUGACGGCGCCGCAACUGGACAAGGAGUUGUUCUUCCGCCGUCUCAACAACAUUUAUUCCUCUUGGAGGGAUCCGAAAAAUGCCGAAUGGGACGAUGUUGAAAGCUUUUUGGUCUUGGCGGGCAAACCGAACCCAGAAGACAGCGGAUAUCGUAAAUCGGCGGUCUUGCAGUUCUACUUGCUUGGGUUUCUUGAGUUUCCAGAGACCUUGAUGGUGUUCACCAAGUCCAAAUUAAUUGUGCUCACGAGUGGUAAGAAGUACACGAUGCUGGAAGAGAUCCUCGACGGCAACACCACAUCUGAUGUCAAGCUUGAGCUGCUGAAGCGGGACAAGACAGACGGCAACAAAUCGAACUACGCCACUCUCAUCGCUGCCAUUCAAGCAGACUGCGUCAAGAAACGCAUUGGUGUGUUGACCAAGGAGUCGCCCGAAGGCGACUUGGUGGCGCACUUCAUGAGCGAAGUCGAUGCGGCUGGCUUGGAAAAGAUCGACAUCUCCAAGGGCAUUGAAUGCGCGUUGCGAGUCAAGGCCCCCGAAGAACUAGACAACAUUCGUUGGGCUGGCGCGCUCACGAAAAAGGUGUUUCAAUCGAAAUUCAUUGAGGACAUGGAAAGCAUCAUCGACGAGGACAAGCGAGUCAAACAUGACGCGCUGAGUGCCGACAUUGAAGGUGUAUUUGAAGAUCCAAGCAAGAUCAAGGUCACAUUGAGCCCCGAGGACAUCGAGUCGUGCUACUCGCCGAUUAUUCAGUCCGGUGGCAAGUACGACUUGAAGCCAAGCGCCCAGAGUACGUCGGACGUGAUGAAGUUUGACGUGAUCGUGGCGUCGGUUGGCGCGCGGUACAAGGGGUACUGUUCGAAUGUUGCACGCACGUUCUUUGUGACGCCAACAAAGUCGAUGGAGAGGUCGUACGAGCUGCUCCAUGAAGCGCACGAUGCGUGCAUCAACGAGCUCCGUCCCGGGAAGACUGUGAGUCAAGUAGUUGAAAAAAUUACAAAGCUGAUCGAAUCGCGCAAUCCGAAGCUCGCCAAACUCCUGACAAAAAACUUUGGGUUUGGCAUUGGGCUCGAUUUCCGAGAGGCUGGCAUGCUCCUCACGGCCAAGAACCACCACGUGAUCCAGGCGGGCCAAGCGUUCAACGUCGCCAUCGGGUUUCAGAACAUCCCGCUCAAGGACACCGACCGGCCUCGCCACUUGCCAGAAACGUACUCGAUUUUGCUCGCGGACACCGUGGCCGUGCAAGCGGAUGAAACCAAGAUCUUGACCAAAGUCUCCAAGGCGUGGACCAAAGUGCAUUACGUACUCGACGGAAUGGACGAGCCCGAGAAGUCGUCGAGUAAGGCAAUGGAAAAGCUAGACAAUGCGCAAAAGCAGCACCGCGAACGAAAGGAACUCGCCGCGGACAAUGACGACGUCGACGACGCGCCUGCCAGCAGCAACAUUGUCCAGAACCGCUUGCGUGACAAGCAACGCCAGUCGGAAGGAAAGCAGACCGACCAGGAACGUCGCGACCGCCAUCAAGCCGAGCUCAUGAAACGAAAGCGCGAGGAAGCGAUGCGUCGAUUGGAAGAGCAAAGCAGCGACGCCAUCCAAGGCAAACGCCACGACCGAAACGCGAUCGUGGCGUACAACCAUUCGUCUCGGUACCCGGAGCUCAAACCCCGCCAAGUCGCGGUCGACAUGCGCGCGGAAGCCGUGAUUGUCCCCAUCAACGGCAUCCCCGUGCCAUUUCACAUUUCCACGAUCAAGAACGUGAGCAAGAGCGAAGAGGACAAGGCCACGUACCUCCGCAUCAACUUUCACUGUCCGGGCGUUGGCGGGACUCUAGGGAAGGACGCGUCCCCGGCGAUGCAAGCGGCCGUCGCCAAGUUUCCGUCGCUCAUGUUUAUCAAGGAACUGGGCUUUCGGUCGAGCGACGCGCACAACUUGAACAACCAGUUUCGACUGAUCAAGGAGUUGCAGAAACGCGUCAAACAACGCGAACAACAGGAGCAGGAAGAGUCGGAUUUGGUGGUGCAGGAAGAUUUGAUCUUGCAUCGCGAUCGCCGCGUGCCGCGACUGAGUGACCUGAGCGCGCGCCCGCAUUUGAGCGGUCGCAAGACGCAAGGGACGCUCGAAGCGCACUACAACGGGUUCCGCUUCACGACAAACAAGAACCAAAAGCUCGACAUUUUGUACGCCAACAUCAAGCACGCGAUUUUUCAACCGUGCGACAAGGAGCUCGUCGUGUUGAUCCACUUUCACCUGAAGAACCCGAUCAUGAUUGGCAAGAAGAAGCACCAGGACGUUCAGUUUUACACGGAAGUGAUCGAGUCCAGUCAGGCGCUGGAAAAUCGCCGCCGGUCCAUGUACGAUCCCGACGAACUGGACGAAGAGAACCGCGAGCGCGCGCUUCGCGAGAAGCUCAACUUGACGUUCAAGGAUUUUUGCCAAAAGGUCGAGCGAGUCAGCGAAGCCAUCGACAAAACGAUCACGUUUGACAUUCCGUACCGGGAACUCGGGUUCAGCGGCACGCCGUUCAAGGAAAUGGUCCUCCUGCAGCCGACCGUGCACUGCCUGGUGUCGCUGACCGAGUACCCGUUUUUCAUCACGUUGCUGGACGACGUCGAGCACGUUCACUUUGAGCGCGUGUUUUUCGGGUCCAAGAACUUUGACAUGGUGUUUGUGUACAAAAACUUUAAUUUGGUGCCGGUCCGCGUGUCGGCGAUUUCGACCAACGAACUCGAACGCAUCAAGGAAUGGCUGGACGAUAUUGACAUUUGUUUUACGGAAGGGCCGGCCAACUUGAACUGGAAGCAAAUCAUGGUCACGAUCAAGGCGGACGAUCGGUUCUACUUGGAGACGGACGAAGACGGCGUGCCCAAACCGGCCGGGUGGGAAUUCCUCCGCAUGGACGGCAGCGACGACGAAGACGACGGCGAAGAAGACGAAGAAAGCGAGUUUGAAGGAAGCGCGAGCGGCAGCGAGUCGGACGGAUCGGACGACGACGACUCGGACGAUUCCGACUCGGACGUGUCGCUCGUGGAUGAAGACGACGACUCGGACGAUGGCAGCGACGACGAAGAAGACGAGGAGGAAGGCCCGAGCUGGGACGAGCUCGAGAAGGAAGCCCGCGCAUCCGACAUGAUGCGCAACGAAAAGAAAGAAGCCGACAGUGACGAAGAGUUCAAGCGAAAACACAAGAAAAAGUCGUCCGGUGGCCCGCCCCCGAAGCGAGCUAAGCGUUAAGUAUGAUGGAUGUACCACUAAGCAACGCAUUGAGCCAAGGAAUACUUUAAUAGCGCAGGAUGUUGGAGACGUGGC